AUGCACACCACCACGGGACGUCCCCUUGCCCCUCGAGGCGUCACGUCGCCUCUCAACUGUCGGCUUCCUGGGGUCCGCUUGCGCUGCCCGCCACGAGGCUGCACGACAGGGCGACAAGCAACAUUUGGCCCUGCCGAUGUUGAGUCUCUAAUUCCAGACACCCUGGAGGACAUGGCCCAAGACGCAGAAUUUCAGAGGACUGCUGAGCGCCUGCGCCGCGAGGGGCAGGCUGCAUUGACACGGGAGGAGAGAAUGAAGCGUCAGAGAUCACUGGACAACCUGGGUGUGCCGUCGUUCUACAAAAUGGUGCAGGAUGGCGGGGUGACCACCCUGAAGCGGUCACCAGCAAAGAUAUUUCAGCUGAACAUUGGGUUGUAUUGCAACCAAGCCUGCACACACUGCCACGUUGAGAGUUCCCCCAAGAGGACUGAGAUGAUGAGCAAAGAGACUGCAGAUCGCUGCAUCGAGCUUUUAAAGUCAUGCCACACAGUCAACACUCUGGACAUAACUGGAGGGGCUCCAGAACUGAAUUCGCAGUUCAGGUAUCUUGUCAAGGAGGCUGCUGAACUUGGGAUUGACAUCAUUGACCGCUGUAACUUGACAGUGCUCCUGGAACCUGGCCAGGAAGAUUUGCCACAGUUCCUGGCAGAUCACAAGGUCCAUGUUGUUGCAUCACUGCCGUGUUACAGCGAAAAGAAUGUCAACAAGCAGAGGGGUGCAGGUGUCUUUGAGAGGAGCAUUUGGGGCUUGCAGGCACUGAAUCGUCUGGGCUAUGGCCAGGAGGGCACCGGGCUGAAUCUUGAUCUUGUGUACAAUCCUGGUGGGCCAUCCCUGGCCCCACCACAAGCCACCCUGGAGGCAGCUUACAAACAGGAAUUGAUGGACGCCCAUGGAAUAGAGUUCAACAGGUUGUUUUGUCUCAACAACAUGCCCAUCAAAAGGUUUGCAGACUUCCUCAUACGCCGUGGCAAGCUGGAUGAGUACAUGCAGCUGCUGCUGGACAAUUUCAACCCUGCUGCAGCGGAGGGCUUGAUGUGUCGUGACACUGUCAAUGUUGGAUGGGAUGGCAGGAUCUACGACUGCGACUUCAAUCAGCAGCUGGAGAUUGGGGCCAUGCGACAUGGUGAAAACGGUAGCAAAAACGACUCGAAGGGGCCUGUGACUGUCUUCAACAUAACGUCACUUGAUGAACUCACCGGGGGGCCCAUUGCAUGUGACAAUCAUUGCUUUGGAUGCACCGCUGGAGCUGGAUCCAGCUGCCAAGGGGAAACUGUAUGA